ACGAGGAGGAAGCAGGUCAUGUGAUACGCGCGGUCCUCACGUGACACUCGCAGGGGUUUAUGGUACUUCUGGAUCAGUGAGCGAAGAGAUAAUGACUGCUGCACUGACUCAGGGCCUGGAGCGAAUCCCCGGACAGCUGGGCUACCUGCUGAUCAGCGAGGAUGGAGUGCUGGCUUCUUCAGGAGAGCUGGAAAACGAUGAACGUACAGCAGGUGUGAUCAUGCAGAUGGUCCGCACAGCAUGCCGCUUCAGGCUUCACGGUGCAGCAGAGCCUUUUCUGAAACGCAUGUCAGUGAUGUUUGAGGACUAUGUUUAUGUUGUGACGAUCUCCGGACAGAAAGUGUUUGUAGUGAAACGUCAGAACAACCAACGGGAACCUGUGACUGCCUAGUGCUGAAAGGGAGAUGCAAGUAAAUCCCACAGAAUUAGUCCUUGGCGUGCAGUACACCAACCGGCUUCACCUGAUGCCCCCUAAGGAUUGAGGAUUAUUGAUAAAUAUUUCUUCUCGAGUCUAAUGGAAGGGGUUUGUUUUAACUGGCCUGAAAAAUAGCUUUCCUUUCUUCCUUGACAACAUGUGGCAGGAGUGGUGUGUCUGUAGAAAUUCUGAAUUGUAUGUGGAUGAUGUUUAGACUGCAUUAUAUAUAGUGAUGCAUUAUAAUGUUUUUGUUAAUCUCUUCUGCUAGUAAUAUCAAAAUGUCAAUAUUUAUCCACAAUAAUUUGUUUUAACUCAUUGAGAGACAUAAUAUAAAUUGUGUCUCUCCAAAUAUGUUAAGCUUUAACUGAGGUGCAGAUGGGCUCAGUUUUUACCUGCCAUAAUUAAAAUUUCUACUGGUAUUUAUGACUUUUAAUAAUUAUUAAAUCUGUCAGAUUCUUCAGAUUUUUCUUGUUGAAGUUUCAUUAGACAUCAGUUAGGUUGGAGCAACUCUUGUGUUUGACACCAGACUUCAGUGGUGCUGCAUCCAGCCUGCUGUCAUGUUAAACAAACUGCCCUUUACACCAAACACUAACACUGUCAGCAUGUUAUGGGUGGCCUGUGAACCAAACAGCACAGGUGAGGUAGAGUCUGUGUACCCACUGUGUCUUACUGACAUGUCAUUAAAAUCAGUGAAAGUUCUAAGAUCUUUAAUCUAAUGAAUCAAUGUAAAGGUGAUUCAUUAGAUUAACGAACUUGCAGUUAUAAGUGUUUGAGAUUUACAGAUAAUCUACCUGCAAAAAAAAAAAAAAAAACACAAAAAAUGAGCUCCAUACUGCAGGGUGAUUUUUAUUCUACAAUAAUUUCUGAACAUGUGUAACAUUAAAUAAUGGACCAGGUCCAUGUUAAAAUUUAGAUUUUUGUGCAAUUAAUUGUGUAGCACUAGUUUAGAGUUGAUUUGUUUUAUUAACAUUAUUGAAUCAGAAGUAGAAGCUGUUGGUGUUCAUAGCAUUUGAUCAAAAUAAAAUGGUGGGCUUAUGUUA